GACCUCAGGUACAGUAACAUCACAUCUAAUAAUUAAUGGGGGUUGUGUAGUGAUGUCUGGUUUGGCAGCUUUGUGUUUCCUGCUUCUGCAGACUGGAGCUUUCGGGUUUGAAGUAUACUUUGCCGGUGUAGGCCUACCCAGCUCUUCAUUCACUCACGAGGAUAUCACUCAAAUAGCCAUCCUAAAUGCCACCGUACAGGCGUGUCGCACUCUGGCCCUGGCCGAGGGCAAAGACUUCACUUUUCCUCCUUUAACUGCUGAUUCUGUUGUUGCUGCUUGCGAAGCGUCAAAAUCAUCCAAGAGCUUCCGCAAAGUUAUCCAAUUUAUCCAAAAAAAGAAUCGACGCACAGAUUAUUGGUAUUUAUUAUCAGCACGUCAUCACUUUGACGAUGAACGGUUCUUGGAGGGGAGGAAACUCAUCACAGAAGGAUUGUCUGCUGUGAAGGCCAGCAUCAAGCGUGAAAACUUUGUGACAGCAAGAGAGAAACUGGGGAGAAUCUUACACACUUUACAGGAUUUCUACAGUCAUAGUAACUGGGUGGAAAUGGAAAACCAACUCCCCAACUCCAACCUGUUAAGGGAAGGAACAAGGAUUGGAAACAUAGCAGCUGAAAGCAGAGCAACCUGUCGCAACUGUGACGGCGAUGACUGCAGGAACAACAUUUUGGAGGAUAUCCUACAGGAAAAGAUACUUAUUUCAGGAUAUUUUGCUUUAUUUAGUUCUUCCAAACCAGAAGGAAAAUGCAGCCAUGGAGGUAAAUGGGAUAGAACAAGGUGGACUGAACCUAAAGGUGGGAUUAACAAAGACACAAUUGACUCCAACCAUGGACACCUCCACAUGACAGCAGCAAAUAUGGCUGUAGCUGCCAGCAGUCAGCUACUGGAGGAUAUUCGAGGCGCUGCUGGUGACAAAGCAUUCCUCCAGUUGAUGGGAAUCUCCAAAGGAUCCAGUAAAGCUCUUUGCUUUGUGAUCGACACAACAGGAAGCAUGAGCGAUGACAUUGAUGCAGUGCGGAAAGUCACUUCCUCUAUAAUCAACAACAAAGUGGGAACAGAGGAUGAGCCCUCACUCUACAUUCUUGUCCCCUUUAACGAUCCAGAUUUUGGGCCACUGGUGAAGACUACAGACCCAAAUGUCUUCAAGAAUGCGAUUAAUUCCCUAUCAGCAACCGGUGGAGGAGAUUUUCCAGAAAUGAGUCUUUCAGGGCUUCGGCUGGCUUUAACUGGUGCUCCUCCUGAAUCUGAGAUCUUCCUCUUCACGGAUGCACCUGCUAAAGACACAUACCUGAGAAGCACAGUGAUCGCACUCAUAGAGCGCACUAAGUCUGUGGUUAACUUCAUGAUAACUGGCAUACUGGGAUUUCGUCGGCGAAGACAGGUCAGUGACAGUGAACAACAACAACAACAACAACAACAGAGUCGGAUGGUGGUAUCAGACGCCACGCUGUACAGAGACCUGGCUCAGGUGUCAGGAGGUCUGGCUAUAGAAGUGACCAAGAGUGAGCUCCCUGUGGCCACAAGCAUCAUCACAGAGUCCUCCACCUCCUCUCUGGUGACUCUUCUACAAGCAACCAGAAAUCCAGGGAAGGCAGAAAAUUUAACUUUCUCAGUUGAUGAGUCAGUAAGAGACGUCACAGUUUACAUCACCGGGACCUCCACCACCUUUACUCUCACAAAUCCCUCAGGUGUGUCUCAGGAAAGCACAAGCACCACAGGACCGUUGAUCACUGCAUCCCAGUCAGUGGGAAACUUCAAGACUCUUCAGCUAAAAACUCAAACUGGACUUUGGGAAAUCAAAUUUGUGACAACAAAUCCAUACAUUCUGAAGGUUGUAGGUGUGAGUGCUAUUGACUUCCUGUUUGACUUUUUGGAGGUAUCACAGGGUCCGCUUGGAGGUCUUGAUGUUAUAGACAAUCGUCCAAGAGCUGGUGUCAAUGGUAGCCUCCUUGUGACAGUAACAGGGAGCGAAACUGCCACAGUGACUGAAGUCUUUUUGGUUGAAUCGUCCGGGUUAAGGCAGGUUAAUGGCAGUGUGGAGGCUCAGGGUGGAGGAAACUUCUUAGCUCAGUUUGACAGGAUACCGGCAGAGGAGUUUGUGGUGCUCGUGAAGGGGCAGAACAACAAUGGUUCCCAAAGAGUGAGCGCAGUGAGCUACCAGAGGCAGUCCACCACCAGCAUCAGAGCAUCUACUGUGACCGUUAGUUCUCCUGCUACAACUGGUGUCUUGGAACCAGGAACACCGCUUUCUGUUUCCUUCUUUGUGACGACAAGCGGUGCUGGAGGAACUUUCAGCAUCCGAGCUACGAAUGACCAAAAUUUUGAUUCAUCUUUCCCGUCCAGUUUAAUCCUGGUAACUGGAAGCAGUGCUAACGAGACAGUAAACAUCACAGCCCCUUCAAACACCCCGUCUGGUACUGAAGUCACUCUGACCAUUGAGGCCGAGGCUCCAGGAGGCGCAGACACCAAUUAUGUUGUGUUGCGUUUCACCGUCCUAAAACCGGUGACUGAUUUCACUCCACCGGUGUGUCAGAAUGUCAGCCUGCAGUCCAACUGCUCUGAUUUCUGCAGCUCAUCAAUGUGGGAGCUCUCCGUUCAGGUGACUGAUGGGGAUGGAGGUUCGGGUGUCGACCGUGUCAGUUUCAGACAGGGCAACGGGACUUUGAACACCAGCCUGGCCGCUGGAAACGACACCAUCACGCUGGUUUCCUACAAUUCUUCUUGUUGUUCGCCUGAUGUGGAGCUGUUGGUUGUGGAUGAAGUGGGUAAUGUAGCCACCUGUUUCUACAGCAUCCGAAGAAUCAUCAGUGCAACCACCCAAAGCCCAAGUUCCCCCACCGUGAUCGUCAGUACAACCACCCAAAGCCCAAGUUCCCCCACCGUGAUCGUCAGUACAACCACCCAAAGCCCAAGUUCCCCCACCGUGAUCGUCAGUACAACCACCCAAAGCCCAAGUUCCCCCACCGUGAUCGUCAGUACAACCACCCAAAGCCCAGAGCUUCCAUCAGCAGCCCCUGUUGUGUCUUUGUCCACCACAGCUGUGCCGUCUUUCCUGCUUUGCUUUUGCAUCACAAUCAUAGGGCUCAAUGUAAUGUUUGAAAUGGGGAUCAACUGAUCAUUAACAUGUUAGAGUUGCCAAGUUCUUACUUUUAAAAUGUUCUUAUAUCUAGAUAUAGUUUAUUUUUCAAAUCAACUAUUUACUUUAUAAACUCAGUCUCAAUUGCAUUAUGAAGCUAAUCGAGUGCAAUCAAAUACAACAAUGUGCUCGCUUUGUACGAGCAAAACUCAAAAACCUUGAGAUAUGCAACCAAGAAGCUGGAAGGGGUUAUAUAAAAUGUUUGUGGUAAAGCAAUGGACCGUGCCACAGUACUAUGGGGAAACAAAAAUACCCUUAAUCACCAUUAUUAUACUACAUUGGUUUUUUACAUGUUAUCAGUUUUUAAUCAUUGCUACCAUUUAACAGAGGUAUAGUUCAACUUCAUAAUCAUUUUGGAGGUUGAAGUCGUGUCUCCAAUGGGUGAUUUGCUGUAAAACUAAUCUUUAUGCAAGCUAUAUAAGGCAUGUGCUGUAUGUAUUAUAGGUGUCCUCUUUAAAAGCUUAAUGGGGUUGUGAAUGAUUCAGCCAUAUGAAUAUAUCAGUUUGAUUAUUUGACCUAAAUCGAGGAUAUUUAGACUUUACAUGGUGUUGUUGAUUUAAUUAUUACUUUUAUUUGAUUAUUAACAUAUAUAUUAAUAAGUAAAUUGUUGCUGCUUCACACAGCUGAUUAAAAAAUAUCAAGAUGAAACAUUAAAGCAAAAAAAGUGA